CUGGGGCUCCCGAAGUUACGGAAACCUAUGUGUGACACAUCGUCGUUCGUGAAUGGCACAGCAGCUGAUGUACGUAUAUUAGAAUUCUACGACCAGCACUGGACUACAUACAUGGAGUGCGUUGCCGUGAUUGCUCUCUACUACGUCGCCGCGAUUACGACUCGUAUACACCUGCUACAACCAUCAGUUUCUAAGAGACAACGACCCUCGUUGGCAGAGGAGUCACCCAGACUACCUAGCGAAGACGAUGCGAACGCUCAGACAAGUGCACUCAUCACAAGCAAAUCUGCCGACGUGCGCGCGAACGAUCCGGAUCAAGACAUCUGUCUAUCUUGGAAUAAUAACCACAUGGAGAAGUCGUUGCCAGGCGACGCGAUUCCUUCCCACCCCCCAUUACAUAGCAGCAAGAGAAACCCACAAACCUGCCAGAACAGGAAGAAUAUCUUGCGCCAGUUCCUCACUGUACUGUGUGGCGCGAGCCAUGUGCUCACUUUGACGGCCAUGAUGGCCUGGAGCAUCACCUAUACUUCCUGGCUGAGCUUCGUGUUGCUACUAUGGUCCUGCAUUCUCUGCAUGAUGCCCAACACGCGUCGAGCAUGUUUGCGGACGUCUCCAGCACUGGUUGCGUACGCAGAGCUGUUGCUGCUACUUCAAUAUGUUCUCAGUUUGAACCUGACAGACACGGAGUUGCCAGAGCUUCCUCAAGUGGGGCUGAUAAAGUACUACGAGAAGUCCUACCGCGCCCUCUUCGUCAAGAUGUCCUGUACAGUGGUCUUCUGGAUAACCUUAUACCAGUAUGUGGAUUUGAGGCACCGUGGAUAUCCCAGUGAGAUUUUGGGAGUCACCAAGACACUUGAUGAUUCAGCGUCCGUUCCCAGCCAGGAGAGAAAUCGACGGCAAUCGUCUUUCGCCACUGCGGCUGAUGCCCAGCAACCUGUUCGUCGACUGGCCAACCGAAUGCACCGGUUCUUUUCUCGCUACUGGGUUUGGGUUCCUGCUAUUUCGCUAGGACUGGUGGCACUCGUUGGUUCCAGGGUGGUUGUGUACAGGGUGGUCUAUCUAUUUUUCUUCCUCGUCUUUCUUCUAAUAUUCCAGCUGUCCUACAACCUCUGGGUAGAUAUGAUGUACUGCUUUUUGAUGGCGGUUAUCAUUUAUACGAUGAUGGUACUCAUCCUCAUCUACACGUACCAGUUCGAACGGUUUCCAUCCUACUGGGAAGAAUAUCUCCAUAUACCUCCUGACAUACAACAUGACUUGGGACUGGAGAAGUAUUCGACAUACGAUACCUUUGUAGCUCUCUUGGUUCCCACAUCGAUUUUGAUCAUCACCAUAUGGCAGCUCAACUGGUUCCAUGAGGAUUUCCUCAAGGCCAACAGAGAGACACGCACAAAGCAGCAUCGGUCCGAAAAACAUGUAGCGGAAGACCCAUGUGAUAUACGGAGCAGCAAUACGAACGAUUUCAGCGGCUCAUCAAUUGGUCUGUUUCCUCGACCAAUCAGUGGUUUCUUGCGUCGUAGGAUAUGCACGGAUAGACUUCGCAAGUUCCUGAAUGAUGCCAAAGAAGUCUCAUGGCGGAUACUCGAGAUCCACGCCUACAAGAUCGUCUUCUUUUCCGUCACAUACGUAUCUGUUUACGAUGUUGUAUGCAAGAUUUCUUUGGACUGUGGAAAACACUACACCGGGCAGACGGGGCAGAUGAAACACCAGAUUAUGGGAUACGCUUACAACUUCAAAACUGACACAGGCACCUAA